GUGUGUGUGUGUGUGUGUGUGUGUGUGUGUGUGUGUGUGUGUGUGUGUGUGUGUAAUAGAGUAAACUGUCACUAUUUUUGACUGAUAAGGUGACACGCGGUCCUUUCCGUAAUUGUGUUAAUUUCACCGUUGUAACUAACAGUUUGAAACUUGAAAAUAUGUGCUGUGAAAACCUCGAGUUUGGCGAAAUAACUGGUAUUUCAUUGCGAUUUAUUUUAUUUGCUGGAGUAACUGUCAAGUUGUGUGAUUCAGAAGAAGUGACUGAAUUUGGAGAGACAUGUCCGCAGAAGAAAAUGACAAAGCUUCUGAUGCAAGCAGGGGCUAUGAAGAGGAAUAAUUGUUAUAUGGAGGUGGUCAAAACAGAUACGACACUAUUUAGCUCUCAAAUAGUUACAUUUUUAUAGGGCUAAGUUACCAUUCUGUGUCUGGCAAAUGAUGAGCUGUCAAAUUUCUGUUAGCUUGCAAGCUAACCACAACACCAGAAACAGCACGUGCGACAGCGUACCACGUUGACAGUGCGACACUUUGGGUUGUUUUCUCUUGCUGCUUAUUUCCUGUAACUUUUUUGGGGUAGGGAGUGAAUAUGAGAACAAUGUCCAGUGACUAUUAGAUAAAAUUGCAAGCACAAAGAACAAUUGAGUUCUGGCAUUUAGAUAUUUUGAGACCACUUUGAUAUUGUCUGUUUUGAUUUUGAGUGUAUGUUGUAAACAUGUUGAUACUGGCUCUUCUCUGUGAUUGAGGAGAAGGCAGAGGAAGAGGCAUCUAAUGGUGACAGGUAAAACACCCACUGUUAAACUUCUGUUUGUACAUAGCAGACAGUCACCUAUUCCAUCCUCAAUUCAUCAAUUCCCACUGGGCACAGACAUCAAUUCAAGUCUAUUCGAGGUUGGUUCAAGAACAAUGUUAAUUCAUCCAGUUUGUGUCCAGUGGGUUACCUAGAUCUCAAAUACACACUUAGCGUACUAGAAAAUCAGACGUGGAUACUACUAGACUACACUGUCAAAUUUUUCCUUUUGUAAAAGACUUACAUUCAUAAUUGUGGUACACAAAUAUUUUGAGCGAUUUCAAGGCUCUGCAUAGUCAAUUCGAAAUCUGCAGUGGCCGUAAGGCAUUCGUCCUCUUCAGAAGUCAGUCAGCGCAUUCAUACUUCUUGCGCUUCGUAGAGCAGAGUUUUUGUCUGUUUAUUUUUAUUUACACAACCUUUACGGAGUCCUCGCAUUGUUACACAAUUUGGGAGACGCGCGGCGAUGCUCGAUUUGGCCUGCUGAGGCUCUGCAAUUGCGUCACGCCCUCCGUAUUUCUGAAGCAAGCAUAAAUUGUCUUUUACACAAAUUACACCUUUUUAGUUGUCUACGUGAAUAAUAUAGUCAUCACAACUCUAUUUUAUGUUUUUUUGAGAUUCACAACAGAUAUGCACAGUAUUCACUCUGAGUCAGACAGUACCGAUUCUACAAAUAUUUGCCAUUAUACCCUACCUGUUUUAUGAUCUCCAGCUUCAUCUCCCCUAUUUGCAUUAAAUGAUUCUUGCAUUCAGACCAUUUUGACCAUGAGUGAUCACUUACGACAGUAAGCAGUGAACUGAUUCAGAAUGAGAUGGGCUGGUGGCUUCAUUCCCCAUUAGGACCAAUUGUGCUUUAUUAAUGAAGCCUUUAGAUAUAAUGUACUUUUCACUGCUCAAUAAUGACUAAGCAAUAUUGUUAUCUCUGGGUUGUGUGUGCGUCUGACGCCACUCUGCUACGCCUGAAAUGUGCAGCCAGUCAAGUGGAACAUUAAGAACUAUUUGGAUGCUCGUUAAAUCCUUGGCCCGACUGGCGCUGUUUGUUUGUGAGCGUGGGAAAGUGGAUCUAAGGCUCCAUUAGAUAGGGGCUAUGAUGGUCGCUGUGUUCGGCUUUGUUAAAACGUAUUGCCUCAUAGUAAACGCAGCGUUUUCAGAAUCAAACAGUCUCUCUUUGAGCUGCUCAACCAUUACAUUUACAUUAGGGAUUCUUCAAGCAAUAGGCUGUCAUUUUACUUUUACUUUACUUUACUUUACUACAAGGAAAUGUACAGUAUGCAGUCUGCAGACAAGUUAAGUAAUAUCCCUCUAUGCAAAUCUCGUAACAUUCCCCUGUACUCUAUUCUUCAAAUGUUACAAAAGUCUCGAUCUAAACUGACUGUGUUUUUCUAGUGAUGUUAUCUUUUUUUCACAAUGCAAAGCCCAAGCCGACUGCUGAGGUCCAUGAGAAUGAAGUAGUGAAGCAGGAUACAGGUCAGGAAGACCAAGAAAGUGACAGCGACAAUGAGGAUGAUGAUGAUGAUGACAUGUGUGUAACCAUUGGAGCCCCGUCUCGGCCGUUCAGUGCCUUUGGAUCCACGCCUGUUAAUCUCAUCAUUAAGGUUGCAGGGAGAACACAUGCAUCAGGUAACAAGUGGAAGACAAAGGAGCCUCUUAAAGAAGAAGUUACAGUUUGCCCCAAAGCCAAAGGAGUGGACGUGGAUGCACAGGGUAGUGUUAACGGAAUCCCUGUGUUGGAGGUCGACGUGGAGUCUUUUGAGGAAAAGCCAUGGAGAAAGCAUGACUCGCACUUCUUGGACUACUUUAACUAUGGCUUUAACGAGGACUCCUGGAAAGCCUACUGUGAGAACCAGAGGAGACUACGCAUGGGGUAUAAGGUCAUGAACCACGCUUCAGCCACUAAACUCAUGAUCCAGGAAUGGGACCUUCCCUGCUUUAGAUCUGACUACUCCACCCCCAGCAACCACUACAAAUCAGCCUUGUCCAGUAGAAAGACAAGCGGCACCACCAAUGUUAUUGGAGGACAAACUGGUACCAUCAGCUGGGUAGAGGAACAGAGACGUCACAAUAUAGAAGGAAAUAACAUCCAGGUGCUUUCCAAGCCAUCUGACGCUGAGCCUACUCCCACUAAGAUGCCCCCUUUCUUCCCCCCGCCUCCAUUCCCGCCUCCACCCUACAAUGUCAACUCCGCCCCUCCACUCAUUCCUCCACCACGGAUCCCCAUCAAUGUUCCUCCAACUGGCUACCCUCCUGGAGCACCCCCGCCCUCUCUGAUCUCUACCUUAGACAUGACCUCAGCCCUAGGACCAUGCCUCAGGACUACCUGGCAUGACGACUCCUUGCUGUCCCCAGUCCUCCUGGCUGUGCUGCUGCUCCAGUUUCAACUGUUCUGCCUGCGUCUAUGGAACCCUGACCUGUUCACCGGACGUGCUACCUGUCCCAGACCUGCUGUUUUCAACUCUCUAGAGACAGCAGGAGCAGUAGAGAUACUCCUAAUGAUCAGCUAUGAAAAGCCAACUGACAUUUACUCCUGAGGUGCUGACUUGCUGCACCCUCGACAACUACUGUGAUUAUUAUUAUUUGACCAUGCUGGUCAUUUAUGAACAUUUGAACAUUUUGGCCAUGUUCUGUUAUAAUCUCCAACCGGCACAGCCCGAAGAGGACUGGCCACCCCUCAUAGCCUGGUUCCUUUCUAGGUUUCUUCCUAGGUUUUUGCCUUUCUAGGGAGUUUUUCCUAGCCCCCAUGCUUCUACACCUGCAUUGCUUGCUGUUUGGAGUUUUGGGCUGAGUUUCUGUACAGCACUUUGAGAUAUCAGCUGAUGUAAGAAGGGCUAUAGAAAUACAUUGGAUUUGAUUAGGGCUCACACACACCGUACAGUACACACACAGUAGGGCUCACACACACCGUACACACACAGUAGGGCUGGGAUGAUACCAGUAUCGCAUUAGUUCUUCCAUGGCAAAAAUGAAAACACAAAGCAGAUAUCAUGGCACAGAUGGAGACACAGGAGGCAGAUGGUUGGAGUAUUACAAUGUUUAUUAAUCCAAUGGAGUAGGCAAGAGAAUGGUCGUGGACAGGCAAAUACCAAUGGGUACCGAAGGGCAGGCAGAAUCAAGGUCAGGGCAGGCAGGAUGAUCAGGCAGGCACAAAAGCAGUCCAGAGCCAGGCAGGGGUCAGAACCGGAAGGACUAUAAAAAGAGAAUAGGAAAGGAGUACGGGAAAAACACGCUGGUUGACUUGACUAAACAUGCAAGACGAACUGGCACAGAGAGACAGGAAACACAGGGAUAAAUACACUGGGGAAAAUAAGCGACACCUGGAGGGGGUGGAGACAAUAACAGGAACAGGUGAAACAGAUCAGGGCGUGACAGCAGACUAAACUAUUUUUUUCUUUAAUGCUGUAUGUAAACUAUUGUGUGCUAUAGCUUUUUAAAAAAAUACAACAAUUUGACUCUGGAGGACAAAAUAAUUAUGUUUGUUUCCAACAUUAGGGCUGUUUUCCUAAAGAAGUUAAAUCUGCGUCAAAUUUUGUUUCCUUGCCAUGAUAAUAACACGUUUCGCGAUACUGGUAUCAUCCCGGCCCUAACGCACACACACACACCCUACAUUUCCACAGCACACUCAGGUUGACCAGUAGCUAGAUGUGUCAUUAAUUCAUAUAAACUCGGACAAAUGCCAAGUAUGACACACAUACGGCCUCUUGCCUCUUACUCACACUCCUCCUCAUGCCCACAAUAUCAUGCAGCUUAUCAACCUACACAUUCACACUCUCCCUCCUACACACGCUAUGACUAUGUUCUUCUUAAUCUAGUGUCUCUCUGUCUCAACUCUUUGCUGCAGUGGGUCGUGCUGAGGAUCAUAUUGGGGACAGCUGUGUUCCAGGUUAUAUGAGGGAAGUGGGACAUAUGGGCAGCUGGGAAGCUGUGAUGUAACCACAGGAGGAGAGGAGGAAGUCAGGGAGGGAGGGACAGCCAUGUGUGUGACAGGCCCACUGGGACAGACAGAUCUGGCACUGUGGUUCUGUUCUGGUCCCCAUGGAGAACUCUGGUUUACCUGUCUCUCUCCCAGGAUGUUAAGACCUCCAGGGUGUUGGGGUGUGUGCGCACUAGGGUUGAAUAUUUUCCAAGUAUUUUACAAAUGUUCCAGCCUGAGAUCCAAUUUGUAAGUCGCUCUGGAUAAGAGCGUCUGCUAAAUGACUUAAAUGUAAAUGUAAAUUAUAUCACUUUUCUCCCAGGUAAUUCGGUGUGUCAUUUAAAAGCAUAUACAUAUGUCUGGAUUUGAUUAGGGCUUUGAUCAGCAUGAACAUUCAGACCUGAUGCUACCUGAGCCUAAUGAGCCAUAUAUUAAGUACAUUUUAGGAGCCCUACAUUAACAACAUUUAAUGAGCCCAAGCCCCAAAUAGCUCAAAUGAUUGUGUCGUUAUCCAAUACAUAUAUGAUAUAGGCUACUGCACAUUAUGCACAUCAUAAAAACUUAAAACCCCAUAGAUGUAGCUAGAUAUAUGAUCUCUUGGGUAAAUAAAUUAAACUAGCUCCAGUAAGCUUUGUUUUUUUAUUGUGAACUGUAUUAAUGUACUGUUGUUUUAUAUUGACUGAAAUAACAUCAUGAUAGAGCAGAAGAGAACAUGCGUUUCUAGUGCAGCACAUGCACACGAUUUUAUUUGAAUUUUGAAAUAUAAUAGGUCCUAUUUGUAUAAUUAGUAGGCUGAUGUAUAUAUAUACACCUUUCAUAAUAUUUCCCUUAAUGUUAUUAGCCUACCUCCUCUUUCUCUCUCUAUUGUUGCUUCAUUCAUUCCUCGCUUUCAACAGUUAAAUGAAAUACAUUUUGUUGUCAUUCUGAUGACAUCCUUGAAUAAUAUUAGACUAAAAUUAGAUGCAGAAGGCGUUCACUUCUCUUCACAAAGAUUGAAUGGUUAUGGGUCUGAAUAAAUAACUGCUUUAGCCUACUGCCGUUGUGCGCGUUCACUCUUCUUUCAAACUACCGGUGAGUUCUAUUGGCGGCUGUAUUUAUCAUUCAGCAAAAAAAGAGCUUGCGUCCCUCUUCGAAUAGUCUAUUGGUAUAAGAAACACCAAUACCAAUAUUCUAGUCCAGCUUUUCCUGCAUGGGACUCCAAGAGCUAAGGAGCACUUUUUAAGGAGAGAGGCCAGCAAAGCACAGGUAUGUGUGUAUUGCGCAAGAGACAGAAGCUAUAAGUUAGACACUUAUUUUGCAUAACCCAUCAUUAAUUAGGUUAAUGCAUUGAAUGUAUUACCUGAAAGAGAUAGGACAUCUAUAUAUAAGGCUAUAUAUUUCAGUUGAUGGAGCGAGAGAAAGACAGAGAGUGUUUGUGCAUGCACGAUAAAGCAACGAUAUUCCAGUGAUAGGCGGUUUUAAAACUCUGCAGCUGCAAUAAAAAAAACAGAAUCUUUAAAAUAACAAAACAAGGUGACCCCCGAAAGCCAGAUGGAGAUGGGUGAAUUAGAUGCGCAUUCUGUCUUUAUAUUAGCAAAUGUAGACCUACCUGUCACAAGAGAAAAGUUACCAUGAUGAGAUGAUCGUUCUACAUGCAUUGUGAACUACAUACUGAGAUGGGCUGUCUGUCCCCACCCUGAGUGUUGAUUCAUCAUGCAGAGGCCCUAGACAAGCCAGCUUUAGCCAUUGCACAUAAUUUAACAGUUCCAUUUCAUGCCAUGCUGUUCAUAUAAAUACUUUAUUAUAAUUGACUGGUUUCUCUCAGUUAUUUAUCCCAGGAAAAGGGAGUGGUUUUAGGCAGUAAAUCUCGGGAAACCUGGUUCCCGCCAUUCAACCAUAAUGUGCCCGCCCUUCAUUCUAUCUAUGUUCAGUAUGAACAUUUUAGUAGUGAAUGACAUUUUCUGUGUGUAUGUUGCUAGCAGAGUAGAAGCUCAUCCAUUCUGGUGUAUGUAGAGGUGUCAGUGUUCUGGUUACAUACUGCUCUUUAAAGGGCUCUGCUUAGUACCACUGAUACCCUCUGAGUUCCCUCCUGACUGGAACAGCCCUCUCUGGGCACCAGCCUCUGGUGUUUGGGAGUUAGCAUCUAGGCUUACACUCUGGCUAAUGCAACACAGAACAGUCCCACUCAACCCUCCCAAAGACACCCUCACACAUUCAGACUCACUGACACAUCCCUCCUUCAACCUCCCUCUCUGUCUCUUCUGGUCGGGGCAGGCAGCCCGGGCAGCUGGCUGGCCAUUUGGUGAACACUUGUCCUCUGAAUGUGAUCUCAUCUCAUCCCUGUAGCUCAGUAUGGAGGGGCUUGUCAUCUCUCCAGCUGGCAGGGCAUCACACACACACA